GGGAGUGAAUGAUGUCACUUCUUCUGUGUAGAAGUGAGUAGACGGGAGUGAGUGUACGGGCAGCCCUACUAGGGCGCCCUUGUCUAAUGUUUGCUAUUUUCGAGGAAACGGCGCACCAAGCUAUUCAAGAAAUGAAGGUGGAGACUCCUCGUAGAUAUGCCGACGACAAGACUGGCCGCUUCUACUACACGCGAAAGAGCUGAGGAACCCAAUGGUGCGCCGCUGUCUUUGAGACCUGACUUCUAUAGCGGCUGCUCACUUGUGCAGGACAGUCCUGAAGAGCCUACUACGCUUUGUGGCCUAAGGAUUAAGAUCGUAGGCAGAAAUACUAUCAAAGUCAUAGCGGCAAGCGGCACUAAGUGGGAAGCCUCUAGCUUCGCUUCUGCAUCCUCAACGGAGACGGGCCGUAGAGUGAAAGGAGUCGCUCGCGGACAUUUUUCACGCCUUCGAACCCAAUCUAAAAACAGAAUCCCCAAAGGAGACGCGCUGCUACUUAUCCAAAAACUACCAAACCAAGGCUACCCCCAUAGGUUUAUCCUCGGUCUUCGCUAACUCGGUAGCCACUCUCUAUGAGGGCGACGGAACUGACGACGCAUAGUUUUUCAGUGACCCCUGGGAAAUGAACCGACUCAGAAUGCCUCUGGUGUUUCUGCUCCUCGAACCUUACAAGACAAACAACAACAAAGAGAGAUCUUUUCGCGCUGAGUCUCUUCUCGUGCUGGUUCUAUGCAAUAAAUUUAAUGGCAUCGCUCUUCGAUCGCUCUCGCCUCUACACAUGUGAAAACUGGAAUGGACUUGAGUGCGUGCGUCUUCGUCUGUUUCGAGGUCCUGCUGGUGAUUCGCGACAGUUGGCCAUGACUGCUCGCGUCGGAAAGGGACUACACCAAGAGCAACUCUACUACGCAACUUCUACAUUAACAUUAGCUUUUCUUUCUUCAUCACGAGUUGUCCUUGAACUUUUCUACGGAGUCGUAGCCAUAGUUGUAGUUCAUUUAAUACUAGGGCCUAGUUCUUACACGGAAUAGCAAUAACAAUAAGAACUGAGGAGGAUGAGCAUCGAAGAAGCUGUGACCUACUUUCAGAGGAUCAAGAACAUCAACAAAGUUCCUAUGAGGACCUCCAAUUUCACACUUUGAGAUUUCAAGACCUUGUCGGAACUACCUCUUCAGUCAACCUUAUUUGACCUGCUGAACUUCAGCUACAGAGACUGACGCGAGCGUAGACCUACAGAGGCAAGAAGAAGAAGACGAAGAAAGAAAAGCUCCCUUCUUGUUGCGAAAGAAUAUCUAGAGUUGUAAAUCAAU